AUGGAUGCGCCACGGAGACUGACCGGAUCAAUUGAUGUGACGCCUCAGCAUAAUCGCCUGCUCACCGAAUCGCGAGCCACGAUGAUUUCCGACGGCGAUCUCUACACCCUGGCCAUUGCCCUCGGCUGCGUCUCCGCCGUGCUCAUCGUCGUCUACCACUUCAUCGAGGUUAACGCCGGCGCAAUCUCUAGAUAUGAGCAGGAGCUCGCGCAGGAGGCAUCCAAGCCGCCAAAGGCUGCGCGAUAA